CAACUGCUCUAUCCUUCCAUUCUCAAUCUUCUUGAACAACCCUCCCCAACUCACAAGGCCCCAUACCCCUAGAUCCUUCCGUCACGUACUAACACUCCGUUUCCAUGGAAGACCUGACUUCCAUCUCUCGAUCUCUUAGGGAAAUCCUCAACUCCUCAACUCAAGAACAGGGAAAUCUGACUGAAGUCGUCCAGAAAUACCUCGAAUCGGAUGAUAUUGGAGCUCAGAGGGCAGUAUGCGAGGUGAUCCUUGAGCUUUUGGAAGAGGGCGAUGAGGAGACCAAAACGCAGAGAUGUACGCUCUUAUUAGAAGACAGUGCCCUUACUUACAUAUCACCCAUCAUUCGCCUGUCAAGCACGGCCCCUGGGACGGUACACAGUUUGAUUCAACUCAUCUCGAGGUACGGAAGACCCCGGGAAGUACUUAUGGCGUUAUCAGAGGCGCUGCAAUAUGUGAUCGAUCGGGCGGAGGGAUUUUCUGUAAGCGACGACGAGGAGGACAAUCGACCAUUGGACGACGAUGAUGUCGAUUAUGAAUCAUUAUGGGCAGAAUGGCAAAUGAUCAUUAGCGGGUACAUAAUAGCAAUACCGCGACUUCCAAAUGUCAGAAGCACCCCUACCCUCUUAUCUCUUUCUGAAGAGAUUUCACAGUCCAUCAGGUCACUCGGUCCUCAUGCGUCUACUCUGUGGUCCAGGACUUGUUUAAUAAUGCUCUGUUCUUUGACUGACACCAUAUGGAAUUGGGCUCAAAAAACAACAGAUAAAGCUGCUGCCAUUCCCCUCCGCACCGUCGAUCCUCAUCUACCCGAUCCAUUGCCACAAAGUCUCUUGGAAGACAUGAUGCCGGUUUUAUGCGCCGCCCUCAGUGGAACGAGUAUAGACGCUGGUGCAGUAUGGCUAUGGUGGAUCGCUAACAGAGCUCUUGAGAGCAAGAAGGAAGGGGCACAAGUAGUUAAUGUUGGGUAUGAUGAGAUGACCAUGUUGAUCGAGUUACUCGUACCAUUGACCGCCCAACACCCCAACCCCGGCAUGCGGCUGGCCCUAUUCAAACUCAUUGGGACCUUGAUAUCGUUGCUGUCAAGCAGAGACAAGGUCCUAGCCUUAAGACAUCUUUUGGAGCCUGAAAACCCCUUCGAUACGGUUCGCAUAGAGAGUAUGUCCAUAUUACGAGAGGAAACAGCUAGUAACAAUGACCUUCUAUCACCCGACCUUCUUGCUCAACUCGCACCCAUCUUAUUCCCUCCAGUGACCCUCAGCGACCCCGAUUCACCAUAUAAUCUCUCUUCCCCUGACCUUUUAUCUUCACCUAAUCCCUCUUGGUGGACAGAGGUAGCUCAUUAUAUCUGGUUCUUGUCCACCCGUGACAGUGCCGACAGGUCAGGCGUGAGGAGUACCUACAGAGAGGAUAUCAUUAUGUGGCUUGAUGCGGUCCGCUCGAAAUUGAACGAGACUCUUAGCUACGUACAGGAGAACGGGAAUGUAAAGGAAGUGGCAGAAGUGCUCCCCGGUCAUGGGGUGGGCUUUUUUUUGAAUCGUUGGGCGGAUGCGUUAGAUAGAGCAAGAGUGGCGCUGGAUGCAUGAUGCCCAAUCAUUUCAUGUUACAAUGUUUCACAGCACAUGCAUGGCGAAUUUCAAAGACGAAAU